AUGCAUUUCAAGACCGUCGCCACGUCGCUCCUCGUGGCCGGAGCGGCCGCUACCCCCUUCCGCCGCCAGACCUCCAACGAGACCUCCUACUGCGACGAGGACGUUCCCGUCCCCAAGCCUAGCACCACCAAGGCUCACUUCCCCCCGUACCCCGUGAACACCACCAUCCCCGGUGUCCCCUCGAACCCCGGCGGCUCAUACCCGGGCUCGGGCUCAAACCCUGGCUCGGGUUCUGGCUCUGGUUCGUACCCGGGCUCUGGCUCCGGCUCCGGCUCUGGUUCUGGUUCUUACCCGGGGUCCGGCUCCGGCUCUAACACCGGUUCCGGCUCUGGCUCUGGCUCUGGAUCUGGCUCUGGCUCUGGCUCUGGCUCCGGCUCCAACACUGGUUACAACCCCGGCUCCGGUUCUGGUUCGGGCUCCGGCUCCGGUUCCAGCGGAUCCAACACUGGUUACAACCCCGGCUCUGGCUCUGGCUCUGGCUCUAACACCGGUUCCGGCUCUGGCUCUGGUUCUGGAUCUGGCUCUGGCUCCGGUUCCAACACUGGUUACAACCCCGGCUCUGGCUCUGGCUCUGGCUCUGGCUCUGGCUCUGGCUCUGGCUCUGGCUCUGGCUCUGGCUCUGGCUCUGGCUCUGGCUCCGGAUCUGGCUCCGGAUCUGGCUCGGGCUCGGGCUCCGGCUCGGGCUCCGGCUCUGGAUCUUACCCGGGCUCUGGUUCCAACCCUGGAUCCGGCGCUGGCGGCUCGUGGCCCUCUGCCUCUGCGAAGCCCUCUGUCCCUGGCGGCAACGUUCCCUCGUACCCGGGCAAGCCGACUGCUGGCUCUUCGUACGUCCCCUUCCCUCUGAACACCACCGUUCCCACCGCUGCCCCCUCCUUCACGACCAUCCCCGGUGUUGCUCUUCCCACCGAGCCCGUCGCCAUUCCCAGCACCACCGUGCCCGUCGGCAGCAACGACACCGCCACGGCCUCCGGCUCCAGCUCCGCUCUGCCCAUCUCUACCGCUCCCGCCACCACGAUCCCCUACGGAGUGGCCAUCACCAGCUGCACUGUCGAGGGCGACUUUGCUCUCACCUUCGACGACGGUCCUUUCACUUACACCAGCCACGUCCUGGACCUCCUGGCUGAGGCUGGCGCCAAGGCCACCUUUUUCAUCAACGGCGAGAACUUUGGCAACAUCAACGACUUCCAGGACGUUGUCAAGCGCAUGGACGCCGAGGGCCACCAAAUCGGCUCUCACACCUACAGCCACCCUGACCUCGCUACUCUGGGUGACGCCGACAUCAUCCCCGAGAUGACUUCUCUCGAGGACGCCAUCAUCAACAUCAUCGGAAAGUACCCCACGUACAUGCGCCCGCCCUUCUUCAGCUGGAACGACAACACCCUCUCCAUCCUCAAGGCUCUCGAGUACCACGUCAUCCACGCCGACGUCGACUCCUUGGACUACGCCAACAACGCGCCUCUCGGCAACCUGAGCAGUGUCGGCAUCUUCGAGAGGGGUGUUGACGCCGGUGGUUCCAUCGCUCUGGCCCACGAGGUCCACCAGAACACCGCCGAGUACCUCGUCCCCGAGUUCCUCCGCAUCAUCAAGGAGAAGAACCUCCGCGCCGUCACCGUCGGUGAGUGCCUGGGCGACCCCAAGGCCAACUGGUACAAGACCAAGCGCACCUCGACCCCGACCGCCACCGCCUCCAGGAUCGUCGUUUCCAUCACCAGCACCGCUACCCCUACCGGCGUCAUCGGACCCGACGGCGCCUGCGGCGGCUCCGAGGGCUACGUCUGCGAGGCCGGCGCCUGCUGCAGCGAGUACGGCUUCUGCGGCACCUCCCAGGCCUACUGCGGCGUUGGUUGCCAGCCUCUCUUCGGUGUCUGCGGCGUUGCCGCCCCGGCCCCGGCCCCCUCCGGCGGAUCGGCCACCGGCACCGCCAGCGCCCCUGCUGCCACUCAGACUGGUGCCACCGGUGGUGUGAGCCCCGACAGCUCCUGCGGCGGUGCCAACGGCUACACUUGCCCUGGAACCACCUGCUGCAGCGAGUACGGCUUCUGCGGUGACACCACCGCUCACUGCGGUGUCGGCUGCCAGCCCCUCUUCGGCACCUGCGCUUAA